UAUGGCCGACCGAGUCUCUGCUGUGGAAACGUGUGUUGUGUUUUAAUACGAUACAAGUGUUUGCUUUGUUUGAAACUAAAAAGAAACUUUGAUUUAUCAACAGUUAUAAUGGGACCCAAGAAAAAAAGUUCAGUUUGGCAGUUCUUUAACAAAAUUGAUGAUAAGAAAACGAAAUGCAAACUAUGUCAAAAGGAAAUUAAGUCUGCUGGAAAUACUACGAACUUAAUUGGGCACGUUCGUAAUGUUCAUAAGGCUGCUUAUCUUGAAAUUCAGCCAAAACAAAAUACAUUAAAUGCAGAAGAAAUAUCGAAUCCUCUAAAUACCAAGGUAACGCCUAACGAUAACAUUGAUGAUGGUUUACUUCAAUCUGAACCGAUUCCUAGUACAAGUGGCAGUGGCAAUAAAAGAUCCUGUGAGCCGUUACCGAAAACCGUAAAUGAAACUAUUGAUUUAGACUUAGAAGAAAACGUUACCCCUUUAAAACGCCAAAAAACAAUACAGGCCGCCUUUAAAGAUAUUUCUUCUUACUCAGAAUCUGGACAGAAGACAAGGAAACUGAACAACUGUUUAUUAUUCAUGAUUUGCAAAGACCAUCAGCCUUUCUCAAUUGUUGAAAACGAAGGCUUCAGAACUCUAAUGAAAACAGUUGCUCCUCAAUAUAAACUCCCGAGUAGAACAACUCUAAGACGCUGGCUGGACGAUAAAUAUGAAGUAAUUUCAGAGACAAUUAAAAAAAUGCUAUCCUCUAUAGAAGAUAUAACCCUAACAACGGAUAUUUGGUCGGAUACCUUAAAUAUGAAAAGUUUUUUGGGCAUCACAGCGCAUUUCGGAAUAGACAUUGAACUAUACUCAAUCACUUUAGGCGUGUACGAAUUGGAUGAAAGACAUACAUCAGAUUAUCUUUCUGAAAUUCUCUUAAAGGUAUGCCAAGACUGGAAAAUAGACCAAGAGAAUGUAACGGCUGUUGUUACUGACAACGCAGCCAAUAUAGUAAAGGCGAUCGAAUUAGCGUUCGGUAGAAGGAAACAUAUCCCAUGUUUUGCCCAUACUUUGAAUUUGGUAGCUGAAGGCACAAUGAUGUGUACUGAGUGGAGAAACAUUGUUUCUAAAGUAAAAACAAUAGUGACUUGGUUUAAACAGAGUUGCGUAGCUAGUGACGAGUUACGUAAAGCCUGCGGCUAUGGAGUCUCCUGCUGGGGUAAAAUUAAUACAAAGCGUGGAUACUCGUUGGAACAGUACAUACUAUAUGUUACAAAGAUUUCUAGAACUCCGCAGUGUCAUAAAUGA